CCCCUCCGUUUAGCUUUGUUUUUUCUACAUUUAAAUACCUGUAACCCUAACGACGCUGGACAGAGGGCUCUACGGAUGACGUAACAGCGGGAGUCCGCCCCUUUGAUCCACCUGUCGGAGCGCUGGGAGCGCAGCGGCACCGAGGAGCGCAGCCAUGGGAGGCCUCUGUUCCAGUGAAAAGAUGGCUGACGCUUUCGCCUAUCAAAGUUCAGAAAUUGACUGGUGUGAAGAAAACUACAGAUACUCAGAACAUGUGGUGGAGUAUUUCAACACGGUCAGCAGCUUUUAUUUCUUCAUCGUUGCACCAAUCAUGCUCUACCUGCUGCAUCCCUAUGCCAAACAGAGGAGCCUGGCGAUCCAUCUGGUCUGGAUCAUGAUGAUUUUUGUUGGUCUUUUUUCUGCGUAUUUCCACAUGACUCUUAGCUUCGUAGGUCAGAUGUUGGAUGAACUCUCCAUCUUGUGGGUGUUGGCUGUGGGAUAUGCAGUCUGGUUCCCUCGUAAACUGUUCCCUUCCUUUAUCAAAGACAGGUCUACAUUUUCCCGGCUCGUCCUUUUGAUUACCGUCGUCACCUCUGUGUCAUCGUUUGUCAAACCUACAGCAAACGCCUACGCCUUAAACUGCUUUGGGCUCCACCUUCUUUACACCUUAGCACUGGAGAUGAGAUGCUGUACUGACCAGAAGGCUCUGCGUCUCGCCAAGCUCUCGGUGGCUCUGUGGGUGCUCGCCAUCUCUUGCUGGAUUAGCGACCGUUUGUGCUGCAGUUUCUGGCAGCAGUUAAACUUCUGCUACCUUCACGGGAUCUGGCACAUUCUCAUUGUGAUGGCUGUAGCCUAUGGCACUACGCUUAUUGCUUACCUGGAUGCCAACAAUGAAAUACCCUAUUCACUGCCUGGACUGAAGUACUGGCCCUUUGAUGAAUGGUCUGUUGGAUUCCCUCGCAUUGUCCUCUCCAGCUCUCCAAAGACCCAGAAACGGUGCUGACCGAUAACCAUGGCAUUAACUUUGUUUUCAAGUGUUCAACUGAAAGUUGGCAAAAUGACCUUCAUCUCAAUCCUAGUGAUCAUUGUCAUAGCUUAGACUGAAAUGAUAACUUAAACAUAUUUACUUUAAACAAAGAAAAUGAGCUUAAUGGGGCAUAGUCUUAUUAUUAGUUUGUCUUAGUAUUAAUUUGAAAAGUUAUAUGACUUUUUAAUUUAAUACAUCAGUAGCUUAUUCUGGUUGCAUACAACCUUUUCUGAAAAAUAAUGGCUUGUUGCUGGUUUAUCAUUUGUGUUUUUGUGCUUUUUGCUUUUGCUCCGUUUAUUGGUAGAUUAAGCCUUUUUGUGUAUAUUUAACACAACAAAACCAAGUGGCCAGAUGUUUUAUAUUAUGCAUGUACAUGAUGGGAAAACAAGGAAUCAAUGAGCCAAGAAAGUUAAUCAUUUCAACUAAAAAUGAUUUAAAUCUAAGACUUUUUUAACUUAUUUCAUCAAAAUUAUUCUUAACUUCAUGCGUUUUCCUUGUUUACAUUUGGUAGAUACAGGGAUUUUUUCCCCCCCUUGAUGUUCUCUUAGGAGGCUCUCGGGAGGAUUGAAUUGAACGGCCAACUGUCACUUUAUUGCUAAACUAAAUCCUGAAUUAAAGCAGUAGAUGUGGACGCAGGGUUGUUGUAACCAUCAAGGACAGGCUUCAUUAGCAGGCUUACUGGCAGGACACGCUAAAUUAGUUAAAUCACAAUGCAACACUACAACCGCAAAGCAUUUCCAGAUGCUGGGGUUCUAGUAAGCAGCUGCGUCAAUACCGUAGUACUGCCAGCAGGUUAUGCACGGAUCUGUUUACGUCUGUUCAUCGCACCUGGUGCUGGAAUUCUAUUUAGGCUCAAAAUGACUUUCAAACACAAUCGGACUGGACGCUUGAAGUGUAUUACCUUAUUUUCAUGAUCAUAUAGUUUUUACUCUUUCUUAUAUAUUCAUACACAAUAAUGUGACUAUGAUAAUAUCAACAUACCCCUUUAACUAAAUAGACUAAAAAAGUACACUCUUAGAAGUUCUGCAAAGUGGGACUAAUUCUUAGUCUGUAUUUUAUACGACUGGAGUCUUAAAAAUGUUGUUGUUCAUAUGAAUACCUUUUUAUAAAGCGUUUUACUACACUAUUGAUAUGCUCUUUUUAUACUCAGGGGUUGGAUUUUUUAAAAACUGCAGGAAAAAACACUGAAAUCGACCCUAAAAGUUAUAUAUCUCCAAGCAGGCCAGAUUUCAAAAAUCCAAGAUGGCUGCCAGGUACAACAAAUACGGAAGAGGAUACUGCAAAAACUAAAA